AAAACGAAACGAUCGAAAGGUGAUCUUCUAAUUGAUUAGGGACGGAAAAUCGAGCGAUUAUUUCAGUCCGGAACCGUGAACGAGACGCACGCAUUUUUGUUGCGUUUUAAUCCACGAAAUUUUGAUUCUCUCCUGUUCUCGGCUUAAUUUUUAAAUACAAAAUGUCAGAGGAAGAGUAUGAUAAGGAACAACUCAGAAUUUUGCGUAAUGCCUUCAAAGCCUUCGAUCAUGACGAAAAGGGCGUUAUUGACUACGCUGAUGUGCAGACAAUAUUAGAAAUACUUGGACAAAAAUUAGACGAUAAAGCCACAAAAACUUUGAUCAAAGAAGUCGACAAGGCCAACAGUGGGAGAUUAAAUUUCAAUCAAUUUUGUCGUCUAGCAGCGCGGUUUGUUGAAGUGGAAGAAGAUCAAGGCGCCUUAGCUAGUGAACUUAAAGAAGCGUUCCGUGUUUAUGAUAAAGAGGGUAAAGGUUAUCUGACGGUUCAGACGCUACGUGAUAUUCUUCACGAACUUGAUGAUAAAUUGAGUAAAAAUGACUUGGAUAUGAUCAUUGAAGAAAUUGAUGCUGAUGGCUCUGGUACUGUUGAUUUUGAUGAAUUCAUGCAAGUGAUGACAGGUUAAACUUUUUAAGUAACGAAAGUACAAAAUUAUUUAAAUAUUUAGUUAUAUUUUGGCUGCUAAUACGUAUGUAUCUCUUUUUGUAGUUGAUGUAGAAAUAUCGAAUAUAUAUGAAAUAUAACACACUGUAAUCAUUUUAUUUUUGCAUCAAUAAAAGAGUUAAAUAUAUAUAUUA